ACCUGGCAGCACCACGUCUCAAGAGGCUUCAAAUUGGGUGGCCUGGCGCGGGCAGCCAUCUUUAUUUCUGGCAGGGCAGCUGACGGAAUUAUCAGGCACAUCACGUAGGCGAAAUCCCAUUUCUGUGCGAUUCCAAACAACAAAAAGGAAAAAACCUCCCCACACUCUCCAGGGAGCAGAUGAGUGUCAUUCCUCGCACAUUCCCCAAUUCUCUACGAUCGCCCCCCCCCCUCCGGGACGGGACCUUCCCGAAAGGGGCGGGGCCGGAGGAGAAGCCAAGUCUCCGGCCGAGCGCCCGUUUGGCGGGAAGUGGGCCGGGCGAGCCUACCUGAGGCCCGGCGGGCGCCCUGGCCCCCGCCUCGUGUGCUCCAGAAGCUUCUCAGUCAUCUCGCCUUGAGCUCGGCAUCAGGCAUAGUACCCCUUCGCACGGAGGACGCAUGGCUCCCAAGAAACGCCCCCAAACCCAGAAGACCCCCGAGGUGGUUGUGCGCCCCAAGUGCAAGAGGAGCAGAAGUCCCCGGGAGCUGGAGCCCGAGGCCAAGCAGCUCUCUGCGAAGCGCCCCGGUUCUAGCAGAAGAUUUGACUCAGGCUGCCUCUGGACGGGGUUGGCUAGUCUGCAGGUCCCGCCACCCUGCAGCAGCAUCAUCAGGGCCCUCCAUCACCAUAAGCUGGGCAAAACUCCUUGGCCAUCACUACUGCAGGUUCUCCAGCAGUCCUUUUUGCACUCUCUGGCUUCUUAUCGAAUAUUCCAAAAAGCUGCACCCUUCGACAGGAGGGCCACUUCCUUGGCAUGGCACCCAACUCACCCCAGCAUCCUGGCUGUGGGUUCCAAAGGGGGAGAUAUCAUGCUCUGGAACUUGGGGAUAAAGGACAAACCCACUUUGAUAAAAGGGAUUGGCGCUGGAGGGAGCAUCACAGGGAUGAAGUUUGAUCCUACCAAUGCCAACCAGUUUUUCACCUCCUCCGUGGAGGGAACGACAAGGCUGCAAGACUUCCAAGGCCACACUCUCCGUGUUUUUACCAGCUCGAGCACCUGCAACCUCUGGUUCUGCAGCCUGGAUGUGUCUGCCAAAAGCCGAGUGGUGGUCACAGGAGACAAUGUGGGGCACGUGGUCCUGCUGAACAUGGAUGGCAAGGAGCUUUGGAAUCUGAAAAUGCACAAAAAGAAAGUGACCCACGUAGCUCUGAACCCGUGCUGCGACUGGGUCCUGGCCACAGCCUCUGUGGAUCAAACAGUGAAGAUCUGGGACCUGCGCCAGGUCAGAGGGAAGUCCAGCUUCCUCUCCUCGCUGCAGCACACGCAGGGUGUCAACUCAGCUUACUUCAGUCCUGAUGGCUCCCAGCUCCUGACCACGGAUCAGAAGAGUGAGAUCCGGGUUUACUCUGCCUCCCAGUGGGACUGCCCUCCAAGCUUGAUCCCGCACCCCCACCGCCAGUUCCAGCACCUGACAUCCAUCAAGGCAACCUGGCAUCCCCGGUACAACCUCAUUGUUGUGGGCCGAUACCCAGAUCCUAAUUUCAAAAGCUGUACCCCCUAUGAAUUAAGGACGGUUGAUGUGUUUGAUGGAAGCUCAGGAAAGAUGAUGUAUCAACUCUAUGACCCAGAAUCUUCUGGCAUCAUUUCGCUCAAUGAGUUCAAUCCAAUGGGGGACACACUGGCCUCUGUGAUGGGCUACCACAUUCUCAUUUGGAGCCACGAGGAAGCUGGGAUUCGGAGAUGAGCGACAUUAAUGAAGGCGCGGGCCAAGCCAGGGCUUGGAGCCACAAGAGAAUAAGUCCUGCGAGAAAAGACAGCUGUUUGUUAAAGGGCCAAAGGGACCCAAGUGGAGGGCUGGAGCAGGGACAUUGGCAUGGGACACUGUGGGACUGGGACACGCUACUGCCCUGAACUUAGCUCCGGACACGUCUCCAGAGUCGGAGACCCAGCUGCUCCAGGGUCACUGCUCUAUCUAGCCUGCAGCCAAGCUUCUCCUGGAGCCAAGAUACUUUUCUCCUCUCUGACAUGCAGUGGCAGGGUGAUCAGGUAGUGGUUUCGAUGUGUGCUCACUGUUGACAUGGCCAAUAAAACCAAACCCAACUAAGCUUCUGAGUGGAUCUUCCAGCAGUGACUGGGCAGAUGGCUCCUUGGGGCCCCAAAAU